AUGGAGUUAUGUGAGUGCACUCUAAGGCAAUUAAUUACAGCAAAGGAUCAGCUAUUUAAACGUGAGAACACGACUGAGCCUGGUCACCUCGAAUUUUUCAUUAGUAUCACAUGGCUUAAUGAGAUUGCUCAGGGUCUCAAGUACCUACACACUCAUAAGCCACCGAUUAUGCACCGCGACUUAAAACCAGAAAAUAUAUUCAUGGCUACUGUUAAGCCUAAUACUGUGCUGUUGAAGCUUGGUGAUUUUGGUCUGGCUAAAAUACAAGCCGUUGCCUCGCAAACUAAUACUCGGAAAGUGGGAACACCUAUCUAUAUGGCACCGGAAGUGUGCGCCGAAGAGGACUAUAAGAAAUAUGACAUAAUGUGUGAUAUGUAUAGUCUCGGAAUGUUUAUCAAAGAGUUGUUUAACUUUGAUUACAAUGAAGAACAGCAAUCAACUCAGAUUCAGGGUGAGGUUGUCAGUGAAAUUGGUCGUGGUACAUUUGGUGUGGUGCAUAAAGUGCGAUAUUUAUCUGAUGAUCAACAAAAUGAUUGCACCUUAAAGGUGAUCGAUAUAAAAGAAACAAAAGAAAAUGAUUUACACAUUGAAGAGGACGAGAAAAAAUCGCUGCAAUUACUGCAGGGCCUGGAUAACAAUUAUAUCAUUAAAUACUAUGGCUCGUGGUUUAAAACAAACCAUAUAUUCAUUCAAAUGGAGUUAUGCCAAUGCACUCUAAGGCAGCUCAUUGUGAGCAAGGACAAACUAUUCGACCGCAUACUUAAUUCUGAGCCUGGUGACCUGGAAUUUUUUAUCAGCAUUGCAUGGCUUAAAGAGAUUGUCCAGGGUCUCAUGUAUUUGCACAAACAGGAGAAACCUCUAAUUCAUCGCGAUUUAAGACCAGAAAAUAUAUUCAUGGCAUCUUAUGACGCGGAUAGUAUUUGUUUGAAGCUUGGUGAUUUUGGAUUGGCUCGUAUACAGGACAUUGCGUCCCAGAGUAAUAGCCGGGGUGUGGGUUCGCCCCAGUAUUUGGCACCUGAGAUAUGCGCCGACGAAGACUAUAAACUUGGUGAUUUUGGAUUGGCUCGUAUACAGGACAUUGCGUCCCAGAGUAAUAGCCGGGGUGUGGGUUCGCCCCAGUAUUUGGCACCUGAGAUAUGCGCCGACGAAGACUAUAAGAAGUAUAACGUGUCGGCAGAUAUGUAUAGUCUGGGAAUGUUUAUCACGGAAUUGUUCAAGUUCGAUUAUACAGAGGAACCGCAUGAUAAGCGAAUGGUGAACAUCCAGGCAAUG